AAAACCUUUGGGACGCCAGCGAUGGAAGCCACAGCCUGGGUGGCGGGGGAUUGGGAACUGCUUCCCGACGGCCUUCGAGUCAUUGGAAAUGACAUCGAUGCACCACCGCUUGACAAUCCAGAGAGUGAAGAGGAGCUCGACCACGACACACCCUUCGUGGAAAAGUUGAACUCUGCUCGUGCGCGCCAGCGCAUCAUCACCCAGCGCGAAGCUGAGGAGCUUUUGGCAGUGGUCCACUGCGACGCUUAUUGGGACGCCUUUCAUCGUGACGAGUUCAUUGAGGUCCAGCGACACAAGGAUCGAAGCCUCUUUGGAGGUGCCGUUUUCGUGAAAAUUUCAGGUUGCUUUCCCGGGACCACUGUGGAUCAUGUGGCUCAUCGCUACAUGAACUUCAAAGACCGCGCCAAGUGGGACAAGCAGAUGGAUGGAUUCAAAGUUCUGAAUCAUUCCAAAGGGAAUGACCUUCUCUACUCUGUGAUCCAUUCCCCUCCCUUAUCGGAUCGUGACUUCAUGGUGUUUCACACCGUCCUGCGUCAUCGAAGCCGUUCCGGGCUCAUGUUUUAUAGCCCCUCGGCGGAUGACGCCUUCUACCCCAAGCAGCCGGGCGCCGUACGAGCCACGCAAUUUAUGGCAGCUCAUCAGUUGAUCCAGGAGGCCGGAGGAGUGCGAUUUAUGACCUCCACCGCCAUCGAUCCUCACACUGCCUUCCUACCCAGGUGGGUCCUCACCCUGCUCUUACCUUCCGAGUUCAAACGUUGGCGCAGCUCAGUGCUACGCCGCUGUGGCGAAUUGCGAGGGCAAUCCGUCCCAUGUACCAUGCUUUGGCCAGAGGAAGAGAUUCAGCAAGCUGACACGCCAGAGGCAGUGGCCGAGAACAAGGCAAGUUUGGGAACUUUGAGCACAGGGGUGCCGAGUGACAAGAACGUGCUGAAUGACAUCGUCAUUGAAGAUAACGAGCACGUGACAACAUGUUGUUGCUAAGGUCGCCUAAGAUUUGGGCUUGAUAUGAACCUAUUUGGUUCACCGACUGGGACCUAUGCAACGAGGCGAAAAAGAUUUUUCAGCGAGCUGGGUUCUGCGGAUCCCACCACCGGGUUGACUACAGUGUUCUGUUGGGGGUUAGAUGUGCG